CGUGUGGCGAUCAGGGGCUCGCUGUCGUAGUUAUUAAAAUUUGAAGGUCCGCCGAGUCUGGCUGGACCCGGCAGCCUCAAAAUUGACAAUCCGCUCUCGUCGCGGAGCCAAGUGUGCCGGCUGCGCCGCCAGUAGAUCGUCUAUCCACUGUGAAGUGCUGACCUGCCACCCGUGCCGGAGCCUUCUGCUGGAGAGAUGUGUGAAGCCAGAAAUGGAAAAAGAGUGCGCAAGAAAAGGCUGUAUUCCAUGAUCCUGAACCAGAUAGAGUUCUACUUCAGCAAUUCUAGUCUGACCCGUGAUAAAUACUUACAGUCACUCCUAAAGAAGGACAGAUUUAUUCCGAUUUUGGAAUUUAUGACAUUCAACAAGAUAAAGGCGCUAACGUCCAAUAAGGACGACAUCGUACAAGCACUGUCAACAUCCCAGUUCCUCCAGCUGUCACCAGAUGGCUCUGCUGUGUGCAGACGCUCCCAUUUUACGCUGAAGGGAGAAGCUGAGCUCUGCACUAUUUACGUGGAGAGCAUCCCACGCACCACGGGCGUGGAUGCCUUGCGCCGCACGUUUUCGGCGUACGGCACCAUCGACUACGUCUCUGCACCGCUUCAUCGCGCCACCGGCCGCCACCGCGGCUUCGGCUUUGUGGAGUUUCGCACACCGAACAUGGCACAUAAUGCGCUGCAGGCGUUUGGCGCGCUGGGGCGGCGCAUGCCCUCGGAGCAUUACCCCGAGUACCUGACGUCCCCGGACGAGGCUGCCGACGGCUCGAGUGGGGUGCAGGGCGAGGCGGCGACGCGACGGCCAGCGACGCCGAGGGCGAGCGGAGAGGCCGAUCACGCCAGCCGGCUUGGCAAGAGGAAGCUGUCAACUGACUCCAGUUCGCGGGAUGCACCUAUGAAGGUCACGCGUUUCGCAGAGACACCAGAGUCCGAGGACAUAUCCCAGUGUCCUGCUGAUGGCGCGUCGCACACCACGUCCCAUUUUGAGGGCAGCACCACCGCCACACCUGCCGACACGGAGAAUUCCAACUUCUCCGAGUCACACGCAGAUGGCACCACCAGCUGCUCGGAGCCGCACCGCGAGGACGCCAGCCACGGGACGUCGCUGCUAACGGAGCAGACGGAUGACACAGACUUGUCGGAUCAGAAGAGGAGGAAGCGCCGAAGAACGAGACGCGGACGCAAGCCACAUUUGCUGGAAACAGAAGACACAGAGCUGCUGGGGAUACAAAUUAUGCCACUGUCGGAGUGGAGCCGGUACCGGGAGCAGUACCGCGCGCUGCAGAAGGACAACAUGGCGGCGAUCAAGCGCAGUCUGCGCGAGGGCGCGGCGCCGCCGACCUCUGCCGACCAGGGCCGGCCGGCAUCCGUCCCGCCGUUGUUCGUGGCCUCCACCGUCGUCCGGUUUACCCCCGUCCGAGCCGGCGCCACCGACAAACAGCUGAUCGACACGCUGAGGCAGCGGCCCGGUGUUUUGUACGUGGAGCUGUGCGCGGAGGGCGGGCUUGGCUACCUGCGGUUCGACUCGGCGGCGGCGGCGGCGAGCUGCCUGACAUCCGAUCUGAAGGAUCCGUGCCUCCUGCGUGGCGAGGAGGAGGAGAGCUACUGGCGGCGCCUGUGGACCGAGCGAGAGCUGACCAGAGGUAGGCGGCAGCGCCGCCCAGCGGAGCGUGGCCGAGACAAGCUCCUGCGCCGUCUGAAGGAGCGGAUCAAGAACGACCCUUGAAAACCCACACCCUUUUUGCGGCUUUGAAGCGCAAGGUCAAGAAUGAGCUAUGAAACGCGCGCCCUUUGUGCGGCCGUGACAGCGUACUUUGUGAAGUGCAUAUCGGUGGUGUCGCUGCGUACGUAGAGAAUCUCUGCGGUGACGACAGGCAGCAGCGGCCAUUCUGCGUGGUCCCGUUGUGUAAUAUACGCAUUUGAAACAUGAA